GCGGGAUGGCGCCUGCAGCUGCAAGGUGGUGCUAUGAAUUCAAUGGCGACUGCUUCGGCUCGGCGCAUUUCCCCUCUCUUUUCCUCUUGUGGGGUGACCUCCCUUCACCCGCCGCCGCAGCUGGAAGCCUCCACCACAGUCAUCUCCGUAUCUACUCGGAGCAUUUCAUACCGCCAGCCGCUUCGCUCUCCGGCGGCUCGAAGAAGGGAUUUCCUUGGAGGAAUUGCUCUGGUCUCCGUAUUGUUGAUAGAUUCCCCGGAUUCGAAGGCGAGGGAGGUCGAGGUCGGCUCUUAUCUUCCUCCGUUCUCGUCGGACCCAGCUUUUGUACUCUUUAGAGCCACUCCUACUGAUACUCCUGCACUCCGCGCCG